CUGCCCUGACGCGCCCGUCCGUCCGUCCGGGUGGAGCCCAAUCAGCCGGCCGCCAGGCGAGCUGCACCGCCCGGUACGGCCCUGGCCGCGGAGACCCAGCGGAGGAGCGGCCGACCCUGCAGGGUGCGCUCUCCCAGGGCAGUCAACCUUCUUAGGAUGGAAAUACCCUGAAUUUGGUGUCAAAUAGACCAAAGUUUGAGUUUUACCACUAUUUGUUUUCCUGUGAUCAUAGAUUUAUUUCUUCUAUAGCCAGAAUUCACAAUGACAACAGUAACAGUGACCACAGAAGUUCCCCCAACGGGUAAGAGGGAAGAUAAUUCUGCCUUGUAUGAGUCUACAGCGGCUCACAUUAUUGAAGAAACUGAAUACGUAAGAAAGAUUCGAACUACUCUGGAAAAAAUCAGAAAUCAAAUGUUUAAAGAUGAAGUAGUACAGACCAGCACAAAUCACAAACUAGAUGCAAAGCACUGUGGAAAUGUUCAGAAUGGCUCUGAUCCUGAAAUGGACCCCUCUUGCUGCAGUUUGAAUUUGCUCAUGGAAAAAAUGAGAGGAAAAGACUUACAGCUGUUAGAAAUGAACAAAGAGAAUGAAAUGUUGAAAAUCAAGCUGGAAGCCUCCAGAGAAGCAGGAGCAGCAGUUCUGAGAAAUGUGGCCCAGAGAUUAUUUGAAAACUACCGAAUGCAAUCCGAAGACAUCAAGAGAAAGCAUGAGGAGAGUGCACACUUACUGCAGGUUAACAGGCUUGAAAAAGAAGAGAAAUUGAAACAACAUGUUGAAGAUCUCAAGCAAGUUGCUGAAAAACUUGAAGAAAAACACAGUCGAAUCACAGAGUUGGAGAAUCUUGUACAGAGAAUGGAAAAGGAAAAGAAAACACUGCUAGAAAGAAAACUGUCAUUGGAAAACAAGCUGUUGCAACUCGAAUCCAAUGCUCCAUGUGAUGAAAGUUGCCAGGAUCUUCAAAUGGACAUUUCCGUUCUCCAGGAGCAGAUCUCACAUUUGCAGUUUGUGAUUCACUCCCAGCAUCAGAACCUGCGCAGCGUCAUCCAGGAGAUGGAAGAAUUAAAAAAUACUCUAAAAGAACAAGAUAAAAGAAUUGAAAAUCUGAAAGAAAAGAUCAACAAACUUGAAGCCCAGAAUAAAGAACUAAAAACCAAGGUGGCUCUUUGGUCAGAAACUGCUAAGAUGAAAGUAUCUAAGGCUGUCUGCACAAGUGAAUUAAAGACUGAAGAUACUUCCCCGUAUUUGAUGUUGAUUAGGCUUCGAAAAUGAGCUGCAUGAAGAUCUGAUUGAGAAAGGCCAUGCCGAUCUUAUUUAUUCCUUGACACACAGUCUAAAUGCUCAUGUUGAAGUGGUGCAAUGCCAGUAUUUAAGUGGCAUGUAUUGUAUGCAUCAAUGACUUUGCAAGAUGAAAUUCCAGAAAAUCAAAUAAUUAUAUUUGAGGGAAGAUGUUCUUUUUUUCAACACUUACAAAUUGGUGAAGAAAGCAGGUACUUAUUGAGGGAAGGAAUUCUUCUUUCAAAACUUACUACAUAGGUGAACAAAGCAGGAAGAUGAAUUCUGCUUAAAACUUAAAAAGAAGGAUCUGAAUUUUAUUUUAAGAAUUUUUCUGUAGGAAGCUUUUUAAGAUUGAUGACUUUGCUCUCAUGUUAGUAGUUUCUGUAUGAAUGAGUAAGAAAAAACAGUGUAUAAUUGAAAUGAUAUAUAUUUUAAAUUUAUUUUUGGAAAAUAGAAAAUAGUUACCAUUACAUAAAUUUAUCUCCUGACCAUUUUUAGCAAAGAGUAUUCUAUUGCAGGCAGAGGAGGGAGUAGAUUCUUUUAAAAUCACUCCUGAACCAAUAUUGCUCUCCAAAGUUGAGAACCCUGACUGCCUUUCCAUAUUUCAGAAAUUCCCUGACUUUAGUUGUUCUGGGCCAAAUAAUUCUCAUGAGAGGCAAACCACACACAGAAGCACCCAGGCCUCGAACAGUGUACUCUGUGACAAACUUUGUUACUGAUAUUCAUUAAUAUCUUAAUAAAAUAACAGUGCUGUUGCCAUACACAAGCACCAGUUGCGUCUAUUGUGGAUUCAAAUGGUAUGCUAUUUGGAUAUUUUUUUCUGAAAGUGUUUUAAAUUUUUGAUGUAUGCCUUUACUACAAAUGGAGUUUAUGAUUGCUACAAGUAAAGCCAAACUGUGACUUGUACAAAUGCAAACAUACUGCCACUCAGGAAGCCAUGCACACUUUGGUUAAAUGAAUGCAGACAUUCAUCAGCCUAAGGGGAAUUGUCUGAAGGCUCUUUGGUCAUCCUUUCUCGUGUGUAAAUCUAAAUGUUUUCUUGGGAAGGAUGCUUCCAGCCUUUCGAUGUGGAAUGAAAAAAUAUCAGUAUUAUCUAUUAAAUAUACAAAAAGUAGGUACAAGUAAGAUGAGGCAGUGUAUUUAUAAGUUCAUCCAAGUACUGUAAGCCUUGAAAUAAUGCACAAGUUUCAUACUUGAACCUUUUAUUACUUGCUAGUCUUGAGGGUAUAGUUAUCUAAUAUAUUUAGGGCAUAGUUAUUCAAUGCAGGAAAAAUUCUAAGUGUUUUACCUUUUUUUCCCUCAAAAAAAUCUCAAAAGCAGGCUAUUUUAUUAUCUCUGUGUUACAGAGGAAAAUGUAUUGAGACUGGGUAGCAAUCUGCACAACUGCUAACUGUGGGUAAGGAUUUGCACCUUUUAAAUUGGCUAUUGAUUUUCACUCUAUUUGCUCCAUUAGCCUUUCUUGCUCUUGUAGCACACAACAGCCUCCUUUGAUGUCUCUACAUUAUCCUUUGGUUGAUAGCACACCACUUAUUAUUGAUAAAGGCAAUAUUUCUUGAUAUGAGUUGGCCUUUCACCUGUUAGACUAUGUCAGAAUUCAGUAUAGGCAGAAUUCUCUGCAAAAGAACCUGCUAAUAUUACACAUAUUAUUCAUGACUUUAUGCCACAUUGAAGAAUUUCUUUGCAUUGCAUUUUGAACACAUUUGUAGGGAAACUGAGAUCAUGAAUUUUGUUUCCAGUGUUAACAGUGUAGUAAAAGAAUCUAAAUUUCACUUGGAGGUCAAUUGGGUUCUUCUUUAUACCUCUGUCAUUGCAUAGAAGAUAAUAUAUUUGAGCUUUUGGAAUACACUGCUCAACCAACCCAAAAAUCUUGAUGAUUUUCAUUAGGAUAAUUUAUUCUGAAGUCAAAAGUAGAAAGGACAGGCAUGGCAACACAUUCCUGUAAUUGCAGUAUUCAGGGAUUGAGGCAAGAGGAUCAUUGUGAGUUUCAGGCUGGCCUGGGCUACAGAGUGAGUUCAGCCAGGCUGAACUAUGUAGUGAAGCCCUGUCGGAAAGAAAGAAAGAAAGAGAAAGAAAGAAAAGAAAAGAAAAAAGAUGAUACUGUUGAGUGUUGAGUUUGAUUUUGGUUUUCUUAUACUGUUUUUAACAUGGAUUUACAGUUUACUAUAGCGCAGUUGAGCCUGCUCAUUAGAACUCCGGGUUUACUUUGGAAUGGUCUUUGGAUUUCCUGAAAGUAACAGUACUCAUUUUUAGAAGCUUGAGAAGAUUUAACUCUUAAAUAUACAAGAGAAUCUUUAUAGUAAGAUAUCUUUAUAGGCUUAUUAUUUAUUUGUCACAUAUUUAUUUCCUGUGUAUUUAUUGUUUUAGCUUUUUAUCAUUUGAAUUAUAUUUUUAAAUAAACAUUUGAGUGAUUAAAGCAAAGGAGUAUAAUGGAGGAAUAAAGUUUAUUAGUCUGAAAUCAGUAAUGUACAGAAAAUAUGGGAAAAGAAACACUAGCUGUAAUUUAAGUCACUGUACUUGUAAUUAUACUAAUCAGUGUCUGAGGGAGCCUUCAAUUCAUACAUGAAAUCAGAAGAUGAAAACAAACUCAGUUAUACUUUGAUUGUAUAUCCAUAUAUACACAAGUUAUUAUUAUCAAAUAUUUGGACUGUAACAAUUGAUAUAGUAUAUCCUUUGAAUAAUUGCUUAUAAAAUGCUUUGUAAUAAAGAAAAUUGAUGUUAUA